CGCCUCUGAGAGAACAACGCUUGGAUCUCUGAAAGUUUCCGUCAUGGCUCCUAUUCCUAAAGCUCCAAGAACUCCACGGACGCCUAGAACUCCCAUCAAAUCUCUAAGAACUCCCAAGUCGACCUUGAAGACGCCGAGGUCUCUGAAGGCUCCGAGGACAUUGAAGACGCCCAGGAGGUUGAAAGCGACGGCGGGAAGGUCCUCAAGAACUCCUCGAGCCAACGCCAAGCCCCUGACGAUUGGCGACAUGGUCUUUGAGGCUGUAGAGGCUUUGAACGAUCGGAGAGGAGCGUCCCUGCAUGCUAUCAAGAGAUAUCUCCGCGACAACAAGAAGGUCGACACCGAAGCGAAGGCGGUCUUUAUCAAGAAGUAUCUCAAGGCCUUUGUGGAGGAAGGAAAACUAGUUCAGGUUGCAGGCACGGGCGCCAACGGGACUUUCAAACUGCCUGGAAAGAAAGCCACCUCGGAAAAGCUGUCUGGAGGCUCCAAGGCCGUCGUGAAGGUUGCGAGCAGACCGAAAAUUGGUAAAAUAGCAGGAAAGGCGUCUGUGCAUUCCUCUAAGAUCUCAGAUAAAAACACCAAGAUGCCAAGGAAGAUUUUCAAGGGAAAAAUUAGUAUGAAACAUUAGACAUGUACUGUAAAAGCUGAUCUUACGAAGGGAGAGAUGAUUAUAAUUGAAUGCAAUCUGAAUGUAUAGUUGGUAGUGCUCAUGGUUAUUAAAAGAAGUAUUUGUU